CCACCACAAUCAGCAGCAGCUCCCAGUGCAAUGUUUAAAAGCCAUUAUCAAAACUCCACUCCAAGGAUUGUUAUGUUGCUAUCUCUUCCGCUCUUGUGUCCAAAUGGUCACCCUGUCGUGGACUUACGAUCACCCCCGCACUGAAUGAAGCCUUAGGCCAGUUCCUUACCCCCACCUUGGACAAUGAAAAGGUACCUGGUCAACCACACCUAUGCCAACUAUCAGAGCAACAAGAUGGACGAGCUCGGCGACGUAUAUCGCUCGAUGAACCACUCGGAGCGCAUGAUGUGCAAGAUGGAGGGCUACGUGUGCAAGCGCACACUGUGCGACGUGACCCUGAUCGCGGGUCAGAAACGUAUCCCUGCCCACCGGCUGGUGCUCAGUGUCGCCUCCGACUACUUUGCUGCUAUGUUCACCAAUGACGUCCGUGAAGCCAAAAUGGAUGAGGUGAAGAUGAAGGAUGUUGAUGCUGAUGCACUAAGUGCACUUGUGCAGUAUGCAUAUACAGGUGAGUGA